AAACAUCAACUUGUAAUUUUAUCACGACCGUUUCGGCGUGGACGCUAAAAAUUGUAAAUCUCCUUGCAAUUUCAAACCGGCGGAAAACUGAUAGGAGCGGCGAAGACAGACCAGUCCUUCGCCGCUCAUAACUGUCGAUGAGUUUUCGUCACCGAUGAACGUUCCGGCAGACGUUUCCUCAUUGAUUCUGGAGCUGACAUAUCAGUCCUGCCAUCGUCUGUUGGUCAGCGACCGGUCUCCGUAACCAUCCUCACUGCCGCUAACGGAACAAGAAUCCAAAUUUACGGGCAGAAGUCGCUCAAUCUCGACCUGCGGCUCACUAGGCCUUUUAUGUGGACGUUCGAGAUCGCAGAUGUCAACAGAGGCAUUAUAGGAGCAGAUUUCCUCCAUUAUUUCGGAUUACUGGUCGACGUCCGCCCUAACCGUCUAGUCGAUCUGAACUCCGGACUUGCAUCGACGAUUGCUACCGAAUUGAACGUCACCUAUAAAUUGUGGGAAAAUCGGUUUGCACGAUUUUCGAAAUUCAACGACGGCAUCAUGCCAGACCCAGCGACCCUUUACUCCGGGCCUCCAGAAGUUUUGGCAAAACUGAUGGCUUCCCGGUGUAAGUCGCUGGGUACUGUGAUAGACCCGUUUUGCGGUUCCGGUGCAAUCGCGAUCCAACUGGCCAUGGUCUGCCACAAAGUCAUCGCGAUGGACAGUGACCCGGUCAAAAUCGCGUUCGCCCGGAACAAUGCUCGUGUGUACGGGGUCGAAGACCAAAUCGUCUUCCUGGUGGGUGACUUCUUUGUCGAUGCCCACUCGCUGCAGAGGGCAGACGGCAUCGUCACGUCACCACCAGUGAACAUGACUAUAGAGGAAAUGGUGAAGUUAACCAAAUUGGCAAGUAGGGUGGCGCCGAAAGUCUUAAUGAGGUUAACAAAGGACCAUGAUUGUCAGAUCUGUACCAAUUAGAGAAUAAAAUAUUUAAUAAAAUUAAUACAGAACAAAUAUGUAUUGAUAGGGAGCCAAAUUCAAUUUUGGCUUUCCUAGGUCCCGGAGUACAUAUUUUUUUAUACCAUUAAACGUUUACAAUAAUUAGGCAUAACUAUAAUCAUCGGUCCAUUGUUCAAUUCACACUUGCAAGUUAAUAAUCUGUUUUAGAUGAAUACGAAUAAUUAUAACGGAAACGUAAAUAGGAUACAAAAGAAAGUGCUUUUGUUUUCUGAUGGGGUAUCUGUUAAUCGUCGUGUGCGUUGGAUAAGAGGUAAUAAUAAUCUUUUUGCAUACGACGAUUACCUCAAAAACGUUGAAGAAUUCUUGAAGAGCCAAAAUCUCAACUGACAGACGAUUCCUCAACACAAUCGGAAGAAUAUAAUACAAUUGAUAUCUGAUAAUGUAUUUCUAAUCUAAUAUAGCUUGGCCAAAGCUUUUGCGCAUCUAUUAAUAUUAGAACGUGAUUCGUUUAGAGAAAGUUAGUCAACAACGUUAAGACCGUUAAAAUACACGAUAUGACAUUUACUUCAACAAAUGGAUUUACGAAGUUUCAGAUUCAGAUCAGUCGAUUACGAAGGGAUCUCGUUUUAAAUAUAAACAAAAAACAGUUACCGUUCAACUAAUAACUUAAUUCAUUCAAAGUGACUGUUAUGAUUUACUAUAUGAUUUCGUAGAAGAAACGGAUUUGAUGCAGCAAUGUAAUAAUUACAUAUAGAUUCAAUAAAAUACUUCAAGAUGAAGAAGUUAACGCCAGCUCACCGAACAUGAAAUACAUAAUCAACGAUAUUGAAGAUGAC